CAUACAGCUAGUUGGGUGUCGUUCGUAGUUGUUUUGUUUACAUUUCUUUGGCCGUAUUUUAUUUUCAUUUCGGGUUAUGUUUUUAUAAGUUUUUAACAACAAUAUAUUAAAAAAAAUGUGUAGUGCUAUGCUGUGAUAUUUACUUUAAACGGUGACAUUGCUUCCCUUUUAAAGUAAUCUUCGUUAUGGUCCAAUUGUCUUGUGAUUAUUUUGUUUUUUUAUUUAUAUAAUUUGCAACGUUGAACAAAUUUAAGUGAUUCUGUGUGAUAAAAUCUUCACAUUACGACAAUGAACCGAUUGGCUAAUCGAUUGUCACGAUGACGCGAUAAACGCCUCUAAUUGGCGGAGGACUGCGUUCCGUGCGCUGAUUGGUGCAAAAUGUCGGGUUUGCCGACCAGGGCAGAUGACCCUAUCAAUGGUGUCGAUGUUCGGGAGCAAGGAAGCGCUUUAAGGGUGGCGACUAAUACCCCGCACCUGGUCAGUCUCGGCACUGGGAGGCUGAGUACCGCCGUCACGCUACACCCGAUCAAACAAGGUCGCGUUACAAUCGGUUCAGAUCCGACAUGCGAUAUAUAUGUUGUCGGCACGGGGGUUGCGAACGUACAUUGCAGGGUUGAGAAUUCACACGGUGUGGUCACGUUGUACCCCAUCAGUGGUACCACGCUACUCGAUGGGUUACCAGUUGAAAAACCUACCCGUCUAUCUCAAGGUAGCAUGUUGACAAUUGGUCGUUCCAAUUAUCUCCGUUUCAAUCACCCCGAGGAGGCGAAGCUGAUGAAAUCCGUGCUGCCCUCCGGUCACGUGUCUAUGGCUCCCAUACAGUUUACACCGAAUGAACAAUGUGUCCCCACCGGUUAUGUCAACCACCACUCGGAAUCGAGCAACCAUUGUUACCAAAACACAAACAUACAGAAGAUAUACAAAGACAAUUCUUUAUCGCAACUCGACCAAGAAUUAGACAUGACGCUCAGAGAAAUGUCUAGAAAGAAACCGCCCGUCGCACCCAGGAAGCCUUACAAAGAUUUAGACACGUCAGACUCGAAUUCAGACCAAGAAUCGAGACCGAAAAUUGGCAGUAUCAUGGCAAAAGUAUCGAAGUUCGAAUAUUACGCGAAACAGCAGAAAAACGUUGGUAGAAGUCAAUUUUAUACGGCGAGCGAAAUCGAAAUAUCACCAAAAGUGUUCAGCGCUAACUCAUUAACAGUGAACACACCCGCUAAAGACGUACUCGGUAACCGGAACAUACCUAAUUACAUGAACAAAGUGAAACAAGAGCAGAAAAUGAUUGUCCUCAACGAGAAUAAUAGUUUAGAUCCGAAGAAAUGCUCAUACGCAAACGUGGCUAUACGUAACAAGACAAAAAUUGACGAUAUCGUCAGGAAUUUCGAUGAUACCAGGGCUGAUCAGAAAUUACCGAAGAAAAUUAACAAUGACCAGCAAAGUAGACCUGAUAACAAUAUAUAUGGUAAAAUAAACAUUGACAGGAAUGAUACAAGGAACAAUCUAGAUUGCAAGAUUGAAUCUAGCAAGAAUAACUUGGAAUGCAGGAAUGAAUCUAGCAAGAAUAGUUUUGAUUGCAAGAACGAAAAGAGUUUGAAUAUGGAUUUGAGUGAUUACGGAAGGAUAUGCGGUGUGGGGAAAGUUGUAUGUUUGCCUUCCCCGGCGUACGACAGAAACCCCCAGUAUUCGCCGGUCUACGCGAAUUGUCACUACGAUAGGAGCUUCGAAGCUGAGAGUAUGCGAAUCAAGGCAUAUCAAGAUAGAAUAAAAGAAGAAGAACAGAAAGAAGCAGAGACGGCUCGCCUCGAAGAAAUACUUAACAUGUGCGCUGAAUAUGAACGACAAAUAACUUCAGGUAUACCAAUAACGCCGACUGAGAAGAGGCCGCACAAUAAGAUAAUAACAAACGGUUCACUACCGAGGAGCGUGACGCUGAACAAUCCCAACUUUGUACAAACUAGCGAGGGUUACUAUAAGUUUGAUACUAGUCAUAAUAGGAGUUCACCUUCGAGUCAAUCUCUUCCCAUACAAAGAAAUAUAUCUAAUUACGAAAAUUACGAAACAUCACAAUCACCAACACAAUUAGAAGCAUUAACGCCAGAAGUAACAAUACAAGGUGACAAUAAUUAUGAAAAUAUAGGCAGGAUGGACGAAAUAGGUAUCCCAGUAUUCGAUGACGUGCCGAGAAAUGAUUUGUCUAGUCCAAUUAUGAUAAGAAAACUUCAAAAUGGUUCCAUAUCGUCCCCGAUCGGCAGCCCCUAUGAAAAUGUCUACUUCAAGAAUAAUUUAGGCUUCAAACCAAAAUCGCCAAACACCCAAAGCCCUAGAACGAGAAUAAAGACUAGUUUCGCACAUAAAAAUCUGCCGUCUCCGCAGUAUUUCAUAUUCCCAACGCCACCGCCCGUUGAUAAUUCAACGAAACCUAAUUUCAAUACCGAAGGUCGGACUAAUGAUGGCAUUCAUAUCAAUGAAGACGAUAAAAUCAAAAUGAGCGGUAUUGAGAAACAGUUGAGUUUAGAAGAGGAAAUACCGAUGAUUGAUGAUGCAGAUAUAACUAACGAUAUUGAAUUCAGAUAUUCAAAAAUAAUUUCUGAUAAAAAUAACGAUUCGACUCAAAAUACAACUGAAAAUAUAGAUACAAAUAAUGAGAUAGUUGAAGCUACGAUGACUAAGAAUAAAAGCUUCGAUGAUGUUAAAAAGGAAUUAAUGGCGGAUAUACCAGAAUUAGAAGAAUUCGAAAAAGAUUUAAAAGAAAAUAAACGAGAAAAAAUUAUUGAAACAAUCGCUGAAGAUAUAAAAAAAAUGGACGCAGAAGCUGAUUCUAUAGGUUCAGCAGUUUUGGACGAAAGUAUAGACGAGCUGAAGGCAAGAUAUGAUAAUCUUAAAGAGGAAAGAAAGAAGCUGAUCACGGAAAUACACGAGAUCAAAUGUAAGAUGACAGAAAUAAGAUCACAAGAGGACGACAUAUUACGAGAGUUGGAAAUGGAGAAAGCACUCAUCAAAGGCGAAUACGAUUCAGAAAUCGCAAUUCUCAACAUAGAACAAAAGAAGAAAAACGACUUAGUUGACAAAGCGAAAGCAAUAGAGGAAGAAAUCAAGCAGUUGAAAGAGAAGCAGGAAAUAAGACAGAAUGAGAUGCGUGAUAGAGUGGAAGUCGCCACCAUGAAAGUAGAUAGGAUUGUAAAAGACUUGAAAGAGAACAAAGCCACUUUAGAAGAAUUACAAAACGCUCAAGAUAUAUUAGACAAUGAGACCAAGAUAUUUGAAGAUCUUGAGUUCCAGCACUUGGAAGAAGAAUCCGAAUUGCUGGCGAAUAGAGAAGACUUACAAAAUGAUAUUAUUCUUCUAUCCAAAAAAAUCGACGCCCAAAAAACCAGAAUACUCACGUUGAAAUCAGAAGCCAAUAACAAUUUAACGUCAGCGUUAGAAGAAACAAAAGUGCUUCAAGCUGAAUAUGUGAAAUUGCUUAAUCAUGUCGAACAUUUGACCGGAAAAGUACAGAUUAUUGAAAAAGAACUGAAACCUAUAGUUAAAAAACUAAGUGAUAUUGAAAGGACACAAUCUCCUGAUAGUGCAUUUUAUACGGAUCAGACGAGAGCGAAGUCAGGUGAAUUCGGUUACUCGCCUCAAACUUCUGACAGUGAUGACGUAGACAUUGCCAAACUAUCUAAUUUCGAAGAUCAUACGAAAUUGUUGAAGGAUAAAUUCAAUUCUAUAGAUCAAAUGUCUCAAUCAAUGAUUGUCGAUAUCGAAAGACAAGUAGCUUCGGAUUUAGAUGAUCCCAUAGAAAUAGAUAGCAGUCCGUCUAAAUCUUCAUCAUCGUCUAAAGAAAAGAAAGGUUUCUGGGAAAGAAACUUCGAUUCGUUGAAACGUAAGAGCAAAGACAAGAAAAAGCCAGAGAAAGUCGAUAUAAUGUCGCAGAGUUUAAAUGAAAAUAUAUUCUACAACGACAACAUAGAAAUCGAUGUGUCUUUGGACAAAUUUAAUAGUUUGAGAAAUUCGAAACGAAAAGAUAAAAAAGAUAACGGCGCAAUCAAGAGUAACUCAUCGUCAAAAAUACCAACGUUUGCUGCACUUGGUAAAAUAAUUAAAAAAGAUUCGUUGAAACGAAAAGAGAACGCUCAGAAGGAAUCAAGGAACGACGAAUCGGAACUAAAUGUCAAAAACCGUUACGUUAAGAAUAUCAAACCGGUUAUGACUGAUAAUAAAUACGUCAAAUCGAAAUCGUUAUCGCCCGAUAAAGUUUCGAACGAACCGAUCAAGGAGGAAGAUGGUCAGGAACAGAAUAAGACCUUCGAUGGAGUGCCACGUAAGGAAGGGAAGAUUAUGCAUAGGAAAAGUUGCGGGGAUGAACCAAAUGUACGCAUUGAAUUUCAGAAGAUGACGGAUUCUGGUAAGAUCCCCUCGCAAGACGAUAUUGAUAGAAUAUCGAAAGUGACUAUGGACGCUCCGAUAUUGUCAAGCGAUACAGACGUCAAUUCAUUGGGGAAGAGGACUUUGGACAGCUUGAUGGAAAUCGAAAGGAAAAGGAUGGAGAUGUUGGAAGAAAAAGGUUGCCAAGUAAUAGAGAACGAACGUGAAAAGAUAUCCGAAUUGAAACGGCGAGUUCAAGACGAAACGAAAAAACUCUGGGACCAGCGGACCAAGGGUAAGACGGACAGCUGUCAGUUGUCAACCGUCAGUCAGCGCUCGAUCAGCCACCUAUCAGGUGUCAGUCAGCUGUCAAGCGAUUUUGACAGUGCAAACGUUGAAAGCGGAAAGUCGUUCGGGAACACGAUCGACGACGCCAGCUUCGAUGAGUUCAACAUUACCAACUCUACGAUUUACGAUGAGAGUUCCGGUUUUAUGUCGUCGUCAAUUGAAGAGCUUCAAGUUCGAAACUCUCGCACCGAGUCCACAGAGGAUGACAAGCGAAGCGAUGACAGCCGACCCCUCAGCCACGCUUCAGACUUCAGCAGAGAUAAUAUUCUAUCAGCUGGCAACGCACCGCGUCGCAGCCGCCGCGGUAUUGCCAACGAAUGGCAGAGACCGCUCACGCGAUACUUGCCAGUGGACCGCGACGACUUCGAUCUACGAAGACAUGUUGAAUCCGCUGGGCAUCAAAUCGAGCUGUGCCCCUACGUGACGAUCAACUCGACAUCGUGUCGCGGCUACUUGCACAAAUUGGGAGCGAAAUUCCACACCUGGUCCAAAAGGUGGUUCGUUUUCGAUAGAGAAACGAAAACGUUCGUCUACUACUGGGACAAAAGCGAGAAGAAACCGCGUGGCGGCGCUUACUUCCAGGUUAUAGAAGAAGUGUAUCUUGAUCAUGGCAACACAUCGAAAUCUCCGAACCCUCAGACGACAUUCAUCGUGAAGACGCGCCAGAGACGGUACUACCUAAUGGCGCCCUCCGGGGAAGCGGCCAGGAUAUGGAUAGACGUCAUAUUUACCGGAGCCCAAGGCUACACUGAGUAUUUAGAAUAAAACACGAAAAUAAAAACUUGGUGUGACUUUGUAAUAAUAUGGCCAAUAUGGCGUUGUCAGCCAUAUUCGAUAUGGCGAUGCCAUAUUAUAAAAGGGGCUCUAUACAAAUAAUCUCAGAAAAUAUUAUAGCGGUUUUUUUUAUUUUCAAUGUGUUUGGAUAUAAUGAGAUGGCUGUUCUUAAUGCCAAGCUACGAAUAUGACUAUGCCAAUGUUUAUGGGAUAUUAUUACAAAAUAUUUCGAUUUUGAUAUAUCUACCAGACAUGUAAGAUUUUUGAAAUAUAUUUCAAUUUGAAGUCAUUUUUCAAACAGCAACACUGUUGCCAUUUUUAUACAAUAUAUACAGUUUUGUAUAUAUUAUUGUAUUCGUUUUAUAUACAGAAUUUGUGUAGACGUUCAAUGAAUUUGCGUGAUGUUUCGAUAAUGAUUGAUAAGAUACUCUUUAAAGUACACUAUUUUAAUUAAAAAGUCAAUUUUAUUUCCUAUUAUAAUAUCGAUUCGUUUGAAUUUAAUCGAUUAAUUUUGUAAUCGAUUUUAAUUAAAUAAACGAAGUAAGAGCUGGCAACAUUGUUUCGAACCGGCACAAUUAUCGGAGCGACAAAUGUGUCGGAUUUAUAUUGAUGUCUGAAUUUUAUUAAAAUUAAUUAUUUUGAUCCGUUAAAAUAAACGGCAACGACACAUUUAUCGGACGCUCUGCCACGAUUUUAUUGUCGGAUCGGAUAUCACAGCUUAUAGUUUUGUAUUGUGCCGUCGACAAAACUGUUGGUACGAGAAAUAUUUGUAAUAAAACAAACAGCUGGCCAACGCUGUAAAUGUUGGUUCGAAAUGACGCGAACUAACUUUUAUGCUAUUUAGUAAAUUAGACGCAAUGAAAUGUAUUCUGAAAUGGAAUUGAAAAUGAUAAUAUUAUAGACAAUAAACCGUGCCAAUGCCCUAAUUAAAUGUAAUGGCAACUAUUUUUAUACAAUUAUUGGUGAAUAUCGGUGCCUUGCGGAAGACUGAACACAAAUUAAUUACCAUUUUUACAUAUUUGUAAAUACAUUAUAAAAUUGCGUGGUUAAAAUAAAGUUUUAAUAAUUUUAUUUUUUUCAUAUUUAUAAAUUAUAUAGGAAUAUAGAUCGCAUUAAAUCCUUCGUGCACGCUUAUUAAUUAGUUAUAUUAAUAAUGUUACCAUAUGAAAAAUACUGGCAACUUUACAUUGCUUCUAAAAUCGAAUAAAUUAAAAAGUGUAUAACUAUAUAUUAUAAACCAUUGCUGUAUUUUAUUUUAAUAUGGAAGGUACAGUUACUUAAUAAUUUGUAAAUACGUCCACAACAGGUUUCUAUAGAUAAAAAAUAAUCUUUUUAGGUUAGAAAAACAUCUCAUUAGGAAUAUAUUGUGACUGUGCCCUCAAGUUUUACUUAUUUCCUUGUUUUUAAUCAUUUUAUAAUGCAUUUACCUUUCAUUUUAAUUGUAACAUAAGUACAAAACGUAAUUGUCAUUACGAAUCUAAUACCAGUGUAAAAAACUUUAUUUUUAAGGCUUGCAUUAUUUUAGCUGUAUUAUAAGAAACGGCUGAUACCAAUAUUUAAGUGUAAGGUCACAUUAUCUUAACGAAAUUAAUAAAUCAUUUAAUAAAAAUAUUAUUAAUA